AUAGACCAAUCAAGUACAGACCUACUGUUGUUGAUUGGGUCGUCAGAAUUUCGAAAAUGACGUACGGGAUGGUCGAGCUUCAAGGCAGGUCGUCGAAAUGCCGAAACAAGAGCCCGAUACAUUUUCACGUUUCCGACGAAUCUCCAGUUUUUAUUCAUCUGGAUGGUGAAAAGAAGGGUAUUAAGGCAGGAUCAACCAACAGCACAAAUAAAAGCAAACAAUCAUUUUUUCCAACUCAAGUUCCCUGGGUUCCACCUCCAGCAAAAACUAGCCCUGGAAAAGUCCUUGGCACGAUUCCAUCUCCAAGUGCUCGAAGAAGAAGAUCAUCGAGCGUACGGAGAAGUGGCUCAGCUACAGUUGAUCCAGUGAAUGAUAUGAAGCAACUCGGCAUCGAUGGUGUGGCUGACAACGACUCCCCUGAUGCUACUUCUGAGGAACUAGAGUCGGUUGAGAUCGGGAUCCGGGUAGGAUCCGAUUACUCAAAGCCUAAGGAACGUCGCAGCACUCAGUAUGAAUUGCCAUUGGAUCAAGGGCGAUCAGCGACAGAUACAAAUGGUUAUCAGGAAUCUGCAAACGGGGGCCCACAAGAGAAGGUUCCACAGACGUUAGACACGAAUGAUAAUUGUGCUGAAGAGAUGGAUUCUGCGAUGAAAGACAUGGCGAACUCGUUUCGAGAUAUGGAGGAGUGCUUGGACCAGUUGGUGAUGGAGGGACGACAAAUAACCCUCACAGAUCUCGGCCGUUUAAACAGACUUCGAGACGCUAUGGAUCAAAAUUCGAAGGUCGCUCUUCGGACUGGACGGGAGAUUUGUCGUUUGGCGGCGACCAGUUCGCAGUCGCAGCCCAAUCGCUCUACGACUGAUAAAGCACGUCAAUCGCAAGACAGUGAACCCAAACAGAUGACGGAAGUGCGCAUCCUCAGCCAACGAUUGGAAAAACUUAACCGAGAACUUGAAGAUAGUCAACGUCAGCUGGAGGCACAUCGAGCCGAAGUGGCCAAAUUCGGUACUGUUAAUGAGUCCUUAGAGUCUCUGAAAGCUCAUCUACAGCGGGAAUUGCGUCAGCGCGAGUCUGAAUGUGAAAGGCUGAAUGCUCACAUACACAGUCUGGAAUCUAAGAUGGCUGAAGAACGAGCGGUACUUCGGACGCAGCUACAAUUAGCUGAGGAUAAUUUGAUGCAAAUGCGCGAGACCAAGGAAGCACUAAAGCGCGCAGCCCGGGCCCAAAGAAAGCGUGCCGACGAAGCAGAGGCUGCACUUUCUGAGGCACUAAAUCGUUUAAAUUCAGACGAAACCGCACCAAGACGAUCUUCGGAUGCUGAUCGCGCCGAUGAAAGACCAGACCGUCGCCCGAGCAGAGGGAAGAAGACGAGUCGAUCAGGCUCCCAAACUCGAAUAGUUAGAGAAAUGAGCUCCAGAAACGUGUCACCCGCCAGUGCUAGACUGAGCGUUUCCCGAACUUCUAUCCUACAGGAGGAAAGUCGACCGUCGCAAGAGACUGGCGACACUUGUGAACAGCGCCUCGAGGCAGCCGAACGGGAAGUGAACGAAUUGCGGGGGAAUUUGGCCGAAUGCGCUUCGAUUCUAGUCAACUAUCGUCAGGAAUCUGAAGUGCAAGCCGAGAAGCUACGUUCCCUGACCGAGGAGUUACGAGAGGUCGAAGAAGCUCGUGGACGUAGUCAGGACAGACUGAAUGAAAUCGAACAACGACUAUACGAGGCCGAAGCACAGAACCGAGCUUUGCUUAAAGCUGUUGAAAUGCCCGCAAGCCCUGGACGUUCGGAAGAAUCCCCGUCGAAUGGCAGAGCGAGUGGAAACGGUCAGUCGACCAGGAAGAGGAGUUCGAACGCAAAUUAUGAACAGGAACCGAACAAAAGAGGCUCAGAUCAGACGGAACUGAUCGAAGAAUUACGCAAGGAAAUAGUCGAGGCAAAGAAAGAGCGAGAACAAGCGGAGUAUAGGGCGGAACGGAUCAUCACAGAUUUACGCGCACAGCUGAGUCAAUCCGACGCGACUAAUCACAGUUUACAAGCCUAUUUGACUUUCCUCAAGAGGUCCUACGCUAGUGUGUUUCAACCAGUACUCACCGGGGAUACGCAUGCUGGGAUCAUGAUGAACGGUGACUCCACAAAGCUCGGCUCGUGUGGAAGGGCAAGUGAGCUAUGCGUGGACGCCUCCGAUCAAUGGACACGACAAUAACCUUGAUGCUCCGCUGAUCUGAUUUAUCGCUUCCAUUUGCUGCUGGCCAUGCGCUGUCAUACAGACGAAUACACACACGCACGCUCACGUACACAGAGAUCUAUAUAUAUGGCGUGUCAGCAAAUAUGCUGUUUAUUUUAAGUUUUGUUUAUGAAUUAUUAACUUCUUUGCUACUUCAAACAACUUAAAGUACGAAAAGACAUUUUUCCGCUUCCGCAUUCGUUCUCCGUUGCAUGUAUCCUCACAACUUUGUGUCCCAUUCGCGCCUGAUUUUCGGGUGGAAGGAGCCUAAUUCACCUUCUGCGAUAUUUUUUCAAUCCACCUUUCUCCGGCGGUUGUGUUUUGUUAAUCAGAGUCAGAGGCUAGGAAUCUUGAUCUCAGUUAGGCCGUCAAAUUGACGUGCGUCUCAACCCUUAUGCAUUUUGAGUGCCUCGUAGCGGGACACUAUCACCGGAAGCUGUUCUUUUUUAUCGUGGGUUUGAGAGGUGUAUGUGUCCAGCGUUGCAUUUUUCAUCAUCAUAGUCCCAUUGCUUGCUGCUGUAUGUUCAAUCGUAACAAUACUCUCAGCUCAAACC